AUGCCAUCCAAAUUAACCAGUGAAUACAUCCUCCCUUCUCAGCUCAGUGAUGGUGAUGGUGAUGGUGACGACGAUCCCAGCGCCGAGAGAGAUGAUAGCUCCAGCAGCAAAAGUGGUUCAAAUAUCCAUCAGAACCACAACAUCGUUGCCAUUGCAGAAAGAGAAAACGAGUUGGUUGUCAGGUCCAAAAAGCUGAUGUUGCUUACGCUCUUUCUUAGCGCUAUUGGUAUGGGGAUGGCGACCUACUAUGUGUCGAGCAGAACCUAUGACGACAGUUUUACUAAAUCUUAUUCUGACGACGCAAGUCUCAUUAUAAACACUAUCGAAUCAAGGUUGCAAAAUGCUUUCAAGGUCAUGGGGAUGUUGUCGAAAAUCAUGAGCAGUUCUGGAAACGAAGUCAAUUCGACGUGGCCAAACCACACUUUUACACAGUUUGACACUUUGGCAAGCGAUGCACUGUCUAUCAUGAAUGCAGAACAGAUUGUGUAUGCUCCCCUUGUGCGCGAUGAAGAACGAAUGGGGUGGGAACAAUACAGCAUGGAACAUCAAAACGGGGGUUUUGACAUGGUUCAGAUUGCAGAAGAUGGUUUCGAUGGGGCGUCACAACGGCCUGAAUUCAUCCAUGGUCAAAGACUCAAUGGCCCGAUCACUAGGGAAGUUUUCAGGGAAAAGUAUUCACCAGUAUGGCAAAUUAGCCCCCCUCAAAAUGACAUCACCCUAUUCAAUUAUAAUCUAUUGAACGUGGCGACUUUUGAUCGGCUCGUAAAUGCAUCCGUCACAUUGAGAACAGGGGCCUUCUCGGAGUUGAUCGACGCCCAGUACAUCUUUGGACCAGGUACUGUUCCAGAUAAUCAUCCUCGAUCGAUUGUAGUGGAGCCAAUCUUUGAAGAGGUAAAUGAUCGAGAGUCCCUGAUUGUUGGUCAUUUGGUCGCUUUGAUUCCCUGGAGUGCUUUCUUGGAAGACAUUCUUUCGGAAUCGCCCAGUGCUGUCAUUGACGCUGUUGUUGAACAGACAUGUGGUGAGGAGUUCACAUUUUCCAUUGAGUCACGAAGCGCAGACUUCGAAGGAUACGAUGAUGAACACGACAGAGUCUAUGACAAGUUCGAACGCUCGAUAAACUUGUCUAUGUUUGAAGGCAACUCAGCCAGCACUUUUGGUGUCCCUGAUGAUUGUCAAUCCAUUUUGUACUUGUUUCCGACUGCCGAAUACGAAGAAAGCUUUCAAACGAAGGAUGCCAUGAACCUGACCAUCGGUACUCUAUUUGUGUUCGGCUUUGUGAUCGCCCUUUUCAAUCUUUACGACAUUUUUGUGGGAAGGCGACAAAAGAAAGUCUACAGCGUUGCAACCAAGUCUAAUGCAAUUGUUUCUUCUUUAUUCCCCGCACAAGUACGCGACAAACUCAUUUCUGAUGACAAUGGCAACCAAAAAAAGGGAAAGCGGUCAGGAGACUCUGCAUCCUUUGACUUUGGCUCAUCGGACGCCGAUUUCUGGACAAAUGAGAUGCACAAAAGUACGCUUGGAAUGCAAGACGAAAGUUCUCCUCCAAUUGCAGACUUGUUCCCUUCCGCAACUGUUGGCUUUUUGGAUAUUGCUGGGUUCACAGCUUGGUCGUCUCAGAGAGAGCCGUCGCAAGUGUUUAUUUUGUUGGAAACUAUCUACAGAGCAUUUGAUAGGAUUGCAAACAGGAGAAGGGUGUUCAAAGUUGAAACGAUUGGAGAUUGCUAUGUUGCAGUUUGUGGACUUCCCGAGCCAAAUAAAGAUCACGCCAUAGUCAUGGCCAGAUUUGCACGUGAGUGUCUCGAAAAGAUGAACCAGAUGGCUCGAAAGCUCGAAGUAUCGUUGGGGCCAGAUACAGCUGAAUUGGCAAUUCGAGCAGGACUCCAUAGUGGUCCAAUAACUGCGGGUGUGUUGCGAGGAGACCGUGCUAGAUUUCAGCUGUUUGGUGACACAGGUAUGUGCAAAGGAAAGGAAAGAUUCAAACGCAUUGCCUUUUCCCGCAUUGUGAGCUUACAUAAUUGGUUGGUCUUUGGUGACACAGUGAAUACUGCUGCUCGUAUGGAGAGUACUGGAUUGAAACGAAAGAUCCAGGUAUCAAAAGAAACAGCGGAAUUAAUAAUCGAAGCGGAUCAUUCGGAUUGGGUCAGGCCUCGACAGGACAUCGUUAUAGCCAAGGGAAAAGGGGAGAUGCAAACCUACUGGCUGUUACCUCAACGUGUUAGCCCUGCUGGCGAACUAGACAAAUCUAUAGCUACGAGCAAUGGAGAAGUGUCUGAUGCUUUUGAAUCCAUUAGUGCUGCAGCGGAAGAAGGUAACGAAAGUGGAACAUCAGAUGCCGAAGACGAUAGUGCUGAUAAGAUUCAACGAUUGGUCGACUACACAAGUGAAAUUCUGCAGCAGAUUUUGAAACGAAUUGUAGCAAAGAGGGCAAACAAAGGCAACAUAUCGCCUACAAUGGAACUGAAACUAUCAGCGUUGGAAGACGAGAUUGGAAAAACUGGAAUAUGCCUUGAUGAAGUGGAAGAAAUCAUUGAGCUGCCUGCUUUCGAUCAAAAUGCAUACAGUCAAGGAGUUGAAUUGGGUUCUGAUGUUAUUGCACAGCUGGUUUCGUUUGUCAAGAUGGUUGCGACGAUGUAUCGGAAUAACCCAUUUCACAACUUUGAACAUGCAAGUCAUGUAACCCAAUCUUCGAGCAAGUUGCUCUCUCGUAUUGUUGCCCCAAAACAUAUUGACGAAGUCGAGAAGCUUCAUGAUCAUACGUAUGGUAUCACGUCGGAUCCGCUCACCCAGUUUGCGGUCGUCUUUGCUUCUUUGAUCCAUGAUGUCGACCAUCGUGGUGUACCAAACUUUCUAUUGGUGAACGAAGAACCAGCCCUAGCUGCCAUGUAUCGAAAACAAGCUGUUGCAGAGCAAAAUUCCGUUGAUGUUGCUUGGAAUCUAUUGAUGGACCCCAGCUUUACUGCAUUGAGACGUACGAUAUACAAAAACGAAGACGAGCUGAGGAGGUUCCGGAAACUUGUCGUCAAUUGCCUAAUGGCAACAGACAUUUUUGAUAAGGAGCUCGCUGCACUUCGCAAAGCGCGGUGGCAAGAUGCCUUUUUCACGGAACAUAACGAAGAGAAUCAAAUAUCAAUCAAUCGUAAGGCGACAAUCGUUAUUGAACAUAUCGUUCAAGCUUCCGAUGUGUCGCACACAAUGCAGCAUUGGCACGUUUAUUCCAAGUGGAACGAGCGGCUAUAUGCUGAAAUGUUCAGUGCCUUCUCGACAGGAAGAUCGAGCAAAGAUCCCACUGAAGGUUGGUAUGAAGGAGAGCUUUGGUUUUUCGACAAUUAUGUCAUUCCUCUGGCGCACAAGCUCAAGGAUUGUGGUGUGUUUGGAGUAUCAAGUGACGAAUACUUGAACUACGCACUUGCAAACAGGAGCGAAUGGGAAGAAAAGGGGAAAGCGAUCGUUGAAAAGAUCCACGAAAAAUACCAGAACUCUUUCGAAAAACCAUCGAGCGACAAGGGACAUCGAAUGUCAAUACGAGGAGGGGUAUCAGAAUCAGCCCCAACACCCAAUCGACACGAGUAG